GCCUGAAAUGAACAUAUGGAGAGGGUUUUGGCUCGAGUUCUGUAUGACUUUGCUGCUGCACCUGGAAACAAUGAGCUGACAGUUAAUGAAGGGGAGAUAGUUGUUAUUACAAACCCGGAUGUAGGUGGAGGCUGGCUGGAAGCAAAAAAUAGCCAAGGAGAGAGAGGACUUGUACCAACAGAUUAUGUUGAAAUUCUUCUUGAAAGUGCAAAAGAUGGAUUUACUUGUGGCAAUUCAACAGCUGACCAAGCCUUUUUUGAUUCCCUUUCCUCAAACACAGCUCAAGUCAAUUCCGCUGAUAAAAGCAAUAACCAGGUGGAAUCUUUGGCACCUGCCACUCCAACUUGUAAUCAGGAAAGCCUUAGCCAGUCACCUCCUUUAACUCCUACUACAAGAAAGGUUACCAAUGCCAAUGACCCCUGGUCAAACUGGAACGCUGGGAAAUCUGGAAACUGGGACAGUGCAAACUCUGGUGACAGCUGGGCAACCAAACCUGAAAGUGCAGCUGGACAGAAAAACAGUGCUUCAAACAACUGGGAGGCAGCAGGAGCAUUUGGUCACCCACAGGCUUAUCAAGGUCCAGAAUCUCCUGAAGAAUUAUCAGCAGCUGCUGACGAUGAUGAUUGGGAUGAUGACUGGGAUGACCCCAAAUCCACUUCACCACAGUAUCUUGGUUAUAAGGAAUCUGAGCCUUCUGAGGCAGGGGGCCCUCAGCGUGGAAAUACUCGGGGAGCUGCCAUGAAACUACCACUUAACAAAUUCCCUGGAUUUGCAAAACCUGGCAUGGAACAAUAUCUGUUAGCAAAGCAGCUAGUGAAACCCAAAGAGAAAAUUUCCAUAAUUGUUGGUGAUUAUGGCCCAAUGUGGGUUUAUCCUACCUCCUCAUUUGACUGUGUGGUGGCAGAUCCCAAAAAAGGUUCCAAAAUGUAUGGGUUGAAAAGCUACAUUGAAUAUCAGCUCACGUGUACUAACACAAAUCGAUCAGUCAACCACAGAUAUAAACACUUUGACUGGUUAUACGAGCGUCUCCUAGUUAAAUUUGGAUUAGCCAUUCCAAUCCCAUCUCUUCCAGACAAGCAAGUAACAGGGCGUUUUGAAGAAGAAUUUAUCAAAAUGCGCAUGGAGAGGCUCCAGGCUUGGAUGAGUAGGAUGUGUCGUCAUCCAGUUGUUUCAGAAAGCGAAGUUUUUCAGCAGUUCCUUAAUUUUCGGGAUGAGAAGGAAUGGAAAACUGGAAAGAGGAAAGCAGAAAAAGAUGAGAUUGUAGGACUUAUGGUAUUCUCUACUAUGGAACCAGAAGCUCCUGACUUGGACAUGAUAGAAAUAGAACAGAAAUGUGAUGCAGUUGGUAGGUUCACCAAAUCCAUGGAUGAUGGAGUUAAAGAGUUGCUGACGGUGGGACAAGAACACUGGAAGCGUUGUACAGGACCAUUACCUAAGGAAUAUCAGAAGAUAGGAAAAGCCUUGCAGAGCCUGGCACUGGUUUUCAGCACCAGUGGCUAUCAAGGAGAAUCUGAUCUCAAUGAAGCAAUAACAGAAGCAGGAAAAACAUAUGAAGAAAUUGCCAAUCUUGUGGCAGAACAGCCAAGGAAGGAUCUCCAUUUUCUGAUGGAAACAAAUCAUGAAUACAAAGGGUUUCUUGGUUGCUUUCCUGACAUUAUAGGAGCUCACAAGGGAGUAAUAGAAAAAGUGAAGGAAAGUGACAAAUUAGUCGCGACCAGUAAAAUCACACCACAAGACAAACAGAACAUGGUGAAGCGUGUAAGCACCAUGGCUUAUGCACUACAAGCUGAGAUGAAUCACUUCCAUAGUAACCGGAUUUAUGACUACAAUAGUGUGAUCCGCCUCUACCUGGAGCAGCAGGCACAGUUUUAUGAAACGAUUGCACAAAAGCUGAGGCAGGCACUCGGCCGUUUUCCAGUGAUGUAGGAAUAAGCAGGGGUGGAUGAUGAAGAACCUUCCGAAGUGCUUUUUCUGGUUUUGGGGGGCAACACCAAUAAAAGCUUGAUAGUCUUUGCCAUCCCAAGCAAACAAUCUGAGUUGCAAAAAAAGUGAAAACUUUAACAUGUUUACUUCAUCAGCCUAAAUGCAUCUGAAGCUUAGGUUAUUUUUACCUUGAAUGCCUUCCCUCAAAGCCUUCUUGUGCUGGAAGGUGCUGUCACGUUUAGGAAUUGAUAUUGUCAAACUAGUCUGUUGCCAUGGACUACAUUCAGACUUGCAGGUUAUCAUAAGUUCUUCCAAUUUAUUCUUACUCAGUGUCAGAUGAUUAGGUAUUUUAAAAACAGGCAAGCAGAUAAGGCUGAAAAGUGACCUAAUAAAAACCUGCCCUUUGGUAUUUUUUUCCAGCUACUAAGUAAAGUCUAUAUAUGUUUUACAGCUACACAUUCAAGAUAACCUCUUGAAUGUUCUGUUCAGUGAUCUUUUUAAUCAUAGGUGCAGCAUAUAAUCGGUGGCAUGCAGUUUCCAUAACUGGCAAAAUGAUAGUUCACUCCCUUUCCCAUAAUCACUUAAUAUUCUGUUCUUGUGGCACAAAGCUUCAGAGUUUGAGAGUGUUUAGUGCUCUCUCUUUCUCACUUCCGGGUCAAGCACUGUGCAAGAAAACUUUAAUUAAGGAAAGAGCCAUUCCAGGAAGCUGGAAAAAUCUUCUUUAAUACCAGCAUUCUGACACCCCCUCAAAUAUUAUGCAGCCAUACACUGGUGCUUCUCAGUGCCAUGUAAUGGCCAUCUUCCCUCUUUGCCCUCUCAGGAGUCUAAGGGUAUUGGCAAAGUAUCACUUCUGACCCAGGGUGGUAGACAGCCCAAAAUUACUGCCAACUCAGGUCUUCACAUAGUAGCAUGAAGUGCUACUUGCUCCAUUUCAGCUUUAAUAAAAGGAAACCUAAUUUAAUCUGUAGCAGCUAAAAGGAAGAGUUUCUUGUGUAAACUAAAAAGUGACCUUUGAGGUGUUGAAUAAAAUUGGAAUUUGUGUGGCAAAUAAUUUAUUAAAAAUAGGACUGUAGUUGUAAAUGACGUAUAGUGUUCAGAGCACAGAAGUGGUUGCAUGAAGUCAUUUUUCUUGACUGCCAAAAUGCUACUAAAAGUCUGGACUUUAGGAAAAACAGCUUGGUGUGGUUACCAGAUGGUAAUUCACGUAAUGCCACAAACAAGCAAGGAUGCCAAAACACAGCUUUUGUUAAAAUUUUCCCUUAAAUUAUUCCUUAAAUUGUUUAUGUUAAUUUUACCCACAAAGCCAUUCUAAGUGACGGGUACAUUACGUUGAUUCUAUAGUUGCCUUACUUUAUUGUGCAUUGCUGUUUCUGUGUCCUUACAUUUUUCUUUUUUUUUUUUUUUUUAAAUAAAGAAAAAUCUGGGUCUGUCUAAUAUAAAACCAAAAGAAAAAAAAAAAAGCUAGGUCUGAGUCCAGAUACUUGUCAUAGGUUUAUUUCUUAUUUUAUAAACUCUGUUUUCCCUGCUAAUUUAGUUCUCUUCCAAAUUCCAUAGAGCAGUGUUGUGGUACAGCCAUUUAAAUAUGUACAAAUUGUAAAGAAUGUGUAUAAAUAUUUUACACCAAAUGUAAGAUCUUGCCUGCAUGUCGAAGCAGCUUAUAAAAUAAAUUGUUACCGUGUGUACAGUAAAUUCUGAAAGCACUUUUUCAAGCCAA